AUGCCGCGAUUUGAUGAUCACGAGUGUCUUCUCGCGAGGCAGGAGGAAGACGUAGUUAAACAAUUCAUCGACUCAGGAAUGUUCAUUUCCAUGCGCAGGUGGUUCCGUUCCAUGUGCAUGAUCAGCAGAUCCCACCCAAACACGUCGAGGUUUUUCAAAUCGAAUUCCGCGUGCCGCAACGAAGAAAUAAGGCACUUGGUUCAUAAUUACUACAUGAUACACCCUUUCAGCAAGCUGAAUAUGUACUGGGAGUUCUUAAUAUUCAUGUUGUUUUUCACGAUAUUUCUAAUCAUCCCCGUAGCAGCGACGGUGUCAGUUAUGAAUAGAGACGAGGGACUAAGCACGACCAAGUUCGUAUUGGACAUUCUUCAUAUCGCCGACAUAUUUAAAUUAUUUUUCACGGGUUACUACGAUCAAGAAAAGAGCAAAGUAAUACUGAACUUCUCCAAUGUGGCUAAGAAAUAUGUGCUUACUUUCUUUUUCUUUGAUGUUCUUUCCUGCUUUCACAUAUUCUUGUAUUUAGUUAAAUACACCCCUCUUGUGAUACCUUUAAAUAUUCUUUUUUUGAUGCGGAUUUUUAAUCGCAUUAAAAUUGUGAGACUGCCUAGAUGGCUAACGAUAUUGGAAUUAUUUCGGGAGCACAUGGGUUAUUCUAGUUAUCUUUUGAAAGGGAUCAAAGUAGUCUUGAUAUUCGUUGUAGUGAUAUUUUGGGCGUUUUCUAUAAAUUUUUACAUAGACAACUAUAUCCUACUGUUCGUUAAAAAAGAGCGGCAAUACGAUGACGAUUGGAGUGCUAAAGUAUUAGCGAACCAUUACGAUGCGACCUUAAUGCUCCUGCUGGUAACCUACGGGAAGUACGGCAUCUCUGAGGUUGCAGAGUAUAUAAACGCCAUCUUCUUCAUGAGCUUUGGAUUCGGUUUGCAGUUAUUCGUGUUCGCUCAAAUACUACAAGUCUGGACGAAAUACGCGAGUGCCGAGAACAAACACCACUCCUUACACAAACAGUUCAAAGAAUACAUGAAAUACAAGGAGCUACCGCUCAGUCUAAGAGAAAGAAUAUUUUCCUACUUCCAGUUCAAAUUCCACAAGCACUUCUUCAAGGAGUCCGACAUUAACAACAUGGUCUCGCCCCUGCUGAAACAGGAGAUACUGAUGCACGUCACGAGAAACCACAUAGAGAGAGUGGAUUUCUUCAGGCACCUCCCCGAAAAUAUCCUGAUGAAGGUCGUCGCCCAGCUCAAGUCCGAAAUUUACUUGCCUGGGGACGUCAUCAUCAGCGCGGGGACCAUCGGUACCAGCAUGUUUUUCAUAUACCACGGCACCGUCGCCGUUUAUGCGCCUAGUGGGAAAGAGAUCUGCCAUCUGGAGGACGGAGCUCACUUCGGGGAGAUAGCCCUGAUCCUCAGCGAGACUCGAGUCGCCACCGUCGUCGCGGUCUCCGCCAGCGAACUGUUCAUGCUGAGACGCUCGGAUUUUGUGGCGGCCAUCGAGCCCUUUCCCGAGUUUAGGGACCAGCUGAUAGCGCUGGCGACGGAGAGGAUGCACAAGACGAUUUCACAAACGGAUAGCCAUACGGACAAUAAGAAUUUAUAG